GUCUGUUUUGUUCAGGGAGUUAUACGCGUUUAAUGCAAUGGAAUAAAGAAGUAAUAGAGUUUAUUGCAGUAGAGUUGCCAUUGGAACUUAGUUUUGAAUUGUGUACAGAGUGUUGGGCACAGUUGUAUAUUUCGGUAUAUUUAGACGGCGUUAUGUUAUUCCCGAAACUGCUACUGUUAUUGGUGGUUUAUUUAACGCAAGUUAUCUGCGAAGAAAGCCCUAUUGCCAACGAUGCUAAUGCAAACUUCGACACCAACGUUUACGAGAAAAGCUCGAUUAUCAACGGUAAACCAGACGAUGUUAUUGGAGGGGGUGAUGGCUCUGAUGAGAGUAAAAAAAGAAAUGAAGAUGACGCCAUCAGCUCAAACGUUUACACCAUUCCGACUGUUACCUUGAAAUCGGGCCAUAAAAUGCCUUUGUUGGGAUUGGGAAGUGACAAACUCGAAGGGGGAACAGUCAAGCUCGUUAAAGAAGCGCUUGAAAUGGGCUACAGAUUGAUUGACACAGCGAAGAAUUACGAAGCAACUUGGACGGAAUCGUCAGAGGUUGCAAUUGCCAAAGGGAUUGCAGCCAGCGGAGUACCGAGAUCUGAAAUUUUUCUUACUACAAAAAUAAUGCCUGAUUUCUUCGGGAUAAAAGAAAUGCGCAAAGCGGUGAAGGAAUGCCUAACAGAUUUAAGAACCGACUAUUUAGAUUUGCUUCUAUUACACCAUCCUUCUUGCGAAGAAGACGACACAGACUGUAGUGCAACUGGUACUUUGUUGGAAGGCUGGAAAAACAUGGCGGCGAUGGUGAAUGAGGGAAUGGUUCGCGAUAUUGGUGUCAGCAACGUUUUUUCACAACAGUUAAAAAACCUAUCGAUGGAAGGAGAGAAACCAAUUUCAGUUUUACAGAACUGGUUUGAUCCUUUUCACCAAGAUCGCCGUACAAGAGCAGUCGCGGCUAAAAACGGAAUCGCAUAUACAGGAUACAGCACACUAGGAGUUGUGUGGACGGACGAAGGAGUGAAAGAAAAUCCAGUCUUUAUCGACAGCACAAUAAAACAAAUAGCAGAUCGGCGAAAUUGCGCUCCAAGUGAUGUAGUUUUGAAAUGGGCAGUGACGCGUGGUGUCGCUGUUAUUCCUGGAUCGACGAAUUCCACUCACCUACGCAUGAACUAUAACAGUUUGAAAGUAAAAUUAACGGAGGAGGAUUUGAUCCUCAUGGAUGGUUUGAACAACAAGCUGACACAUGACUACGGUUCAUCUGGAAUAGGAGGCGGCGAACUGUAAUGUAUCAUUCUACGUCUGCUGUGCAAAAAAGAGGGUUUUUAAUGGUGCAUUUUAUCUUUGAAAGAACAGUAUAUAGUACAUAUGUGCAAAUAUAAAGAGAUUUUCACUUCCGUUUUUCUUUAAUUUUCUUGUUGUAACUUUGUUCUUUAUUUAUGGAGACGGGGUAAACAUUUCACUCCAGUCUAUAAGUUUUUUGUCUUCGUACACCGUACCAGUAAACUAAUACAGGCAACAGUUUAUAAAUUUAA